AUGCCAGGCCUCACCGAAAGGAUGGGCGGUGGCCUUCGGAAUACCUUGCAGCAUGUGUCUGUGAUUCUCCCUGCCGGGACACUUUUGGGUGCGGCAAUCGCCCUGAGUCUACCCCGGCAGAACGAUCUCAGUGCAGUCACCGUGAUACUCCUGUUUGUCUCUGGAGCAGUCUCUGUGCUCCUGUACAGGAAUACGUUUCAACAAGUUCGACUCGGUCGUGUUGCCCCUGUGGUUGCCUUCGCCUUCAUCGCCUCUCGUUCGCAGCCCCUAUUGAAGUCUCUAUCGUUGGUGGACGAGGUAAUCUCGUACAUUCAAUACCUUGCAUUGUGCGUGAUCAUCAUCACCUAUGCAGUUGCCAGGGGAAGACCAAAUGCGAUUCCGCGAACACAGCAAACUGAGGACAUUGCCAAUGAGGAGAUGAACUCCCUGACACCAGGUGUCAGGUCACAGCCAGGCACUUCCGAGUCGAGUGUCAGUGAUCCUCCUGAAACGAAGUCAGACCUUGAUUUCCUCCUAUUUGGGCACAUGGAAGGACAAAAGUUGCAGCCUCACGGCUCCGCAGGCAGCGAGGUCUCAACUCCCACCCUCUCUCCGGAUUCUAGGGUUGAUGCGGUGCGGAUCUUGGAGAUUAUUGGAUGGGUCGAAACCGUGGUUGAGGCAAGUUCUGGCCAAGAAGAUGAGGCGAUAAUCAGACCUCAAGUAUAA